GGACAAGCCGUGUAAAAAAAUGAGUGCUGCUGCUUACACAGUCACUGACGUUUCUUGUAGAAUUUGGCAAGACUGUAUUGCUAGCCAACGAGACCAUAUCGUGGGGGACAUAUAAGUUAAAAAAAAUAAUAAAAAAUCGGAGUACUGUCCAACCAGAAGCUACAUGUCUUCUCCAAAUGAAGCAGAAGAGGAUGGGUUGGAUGAAGUGGAGUUUGUAUGUGAGGGCCAACUCAGACCGGUGCUGGAGUGUGUUGAUCUGCUGACCGAUAGCGACGAAGAGGGUUGUUCGUUCUCAUCAAGAACGAUCGAAAAUAAAAUUGACCGUCAAAAAGCGCAUGUUGCAUCUACUCUGGAUAGACUGGCGCUGCAGGUGGCCCAGGAGAAGCAGGAAAGAGCAGACAAAUGUCGAGCCUUCAAGGAGAAACAAAUUCAACAGAGAGUUCAUGGACAGCAGGAGAUUGCGUUUAGUUCAACAAAUGGACUGACUUCAGAGGCAAAGCGCUGUGUGGAUAUGUGGCUUAAGAUGCCUGGUCUCCAGCCUGGAACGAUCAGUUCUGGCUCUGUAAGACGACGAAGGCCCGUUUUCCCUAUGAACACUUCGACUAAACACACAUGUCCAGUAAUUAACUGUGGUCGUGUUUAUGACAAUGUGUCUCUGCUUGAUGGUCAUUUAAAAAGGUUUGACCACUCACCUUGCGAUCCAACCAUCAGUCUUAAAGGAAGUUCCACCAUGCUAUUUGCCUGUGUGGCGUGUUGUCGUCAUUUUCAGACUAAAGAAGAAUGGCGGACACAUCUUGAAUCUAAGGUGUCCUCGUCUCAUCCCGAGGGUCACAACAUGUCUCAGAGCUACCAGCGCAUUGUGUGCUUCGCCUGUCCUGCCUGCUACCUCCUCUUCAACCUGCGGGAUGAGUGUCUUCAGCACAUGGUGGCAAAAAAACACUUAACCGAGUCCCUCACAUUGAGUGAUACCAAAAAAGAAGCAGCGCCAAUUCCGGUUUCACAGCACGUUAAGAAUCGCCUCAUCACCUUGUGCAAAGACACCCCGUUCACAGUUCGAUGCUCUAUUUGUAACAAAGUGCUGACUUCGCAUCAGGCAGCUCAAGCUCACUUUAAUGUCAACUGCAGACAUGGCUGUGCAGUGGCCAAGGCUGAAGAAACAGUGAUGCAAGUAGUGAAACAGCUGCAAGUGCGAGGCCAAUGCACCCUCUGCUGUCUAAUUUUCUUGAGCCAAGCGGAAAUGGAAGGUCACAAAGAAGCCACCAAACAUGAAGUGGAGGUCAACAGGACGAUGGAGCGAGCUCUUCUUCAGUACGGAAGGUAUCAUGGAAAAAUACACGGCUACGGGGCCAAUCAUGAGGAGAAAAUCAUCGGAACACCAAUUCAUAGAAUAAUUGUAACCAAGAGACUGGAUGAAAAGAUACCAGUCAAGCGGCAAAAAUUAAGUAGCUGUACCACAGCAUGGUUCUGCGAAUGUGGUCUAAGGUUCUCAGAGGAAACCUCAGCCAGUAGUCACCUCUUAGCUGUGAACCAAAUCUUCUACCAAUGCGGCGUUUGUGGCAAACACAUGGGAGAAUCUUCUAUCACCCGCUUGCACAUGAGCCGCUUUCACGGGGGCGCACAUCUCUCCAACUUCUUUUUCUACUGCCGAAAGUGCAAAGUAGAAAUGCCUCGCUUGGAAGAUAUUAUGUCACACGUGUCGGAAGUACACACCGGGCACACUUUCUUCAUGGAACAGGAAGUGCCUGAGGAUGUCAAGCCAUCGACAAGCAACAGCAGUAAAACAGACGUGUUCUCCUCCAUGUCCAUAAUGAAGCGCAUCCCGGAGGAGGCGACAUCCUCUUGUAAAGCGUCGUCGACUUGGAUGUGCAGGAUGUGUGAGGACGUGUUCGACUCCGAGGCCUCUGUCCGCAAGCACUGCGGUGACCUGGGCACCCACAGCUUCCAGAGGUUCGUCUGCGGCCACUGUCCACAGAAGUUCUUCAAGGAGUCCACCGUGCGGCGUCAUUGCGCCAAUGAGCAUGACGGGCAGGUGAAGAGCGCCUACUUCUGUGGCCUCUGCGACAGCAUGCAGUUUGAGUCGGAAGAAGAGUUCCUGCAGCACUACGACAGCCUGCACAGUAAAGAUUACUACUGUAUAGACAACAACGAUCUUAUUCAGCCCACUGAGAGCAUCUCACUUACUACAGAGUCAUGUCCCUGCAUGAGCUCAAAGAAGAACAGAGAUGAAAUGAAAGUCACCUACACACGGUGCAUGAAGGCACUGGCCUCUAAAGGUCUCUGUCAGUAUGUGUGUGCUUCUUGCGCAAUAACCGUGCCCACCUAUGCUCAGAUCAAGACUCAUGUUCACACCACACAUGCUGCCUUCGACAUGGACGAGAACUUUGAAGUACAAUGCCAAACCUGCGAGGUACGCUUUGCGGAUGUUCCAAAGUUCCAUAAUCACCACCAUUCCCAGCACUGUGCAUUAGAGCCAUGUGUGAGCUCCAGGACCUGUGGGAAAGAAGUAACAAAACCUCAAAGACUGAAUGAUGUGGAGGUCGAAGCACAGCUAAAUGCCCCCUCAGCAGGCGCACUGCAAAGUGCUGUGUUUAAAGUGGAGCAGGCUGAGACGCAUGUCAGUCAAACCCUACAUGCCUCUGGGUCACCAGAUGAAACUGAUGAAGAUGUAAAAAAAGCGAUGGCUUUGAGCACAGAUGACAGAGAAUCAGCAGAGUUAGAAGAGGCUCUUCAAAGAAGUCUGUUGGACUUCUGAGGAGACGCUUUUUGCACAUUGUUCAUGAAUAACAAAAGGUUUUUUGACUUUAUUUCAACCCUGGAAACAAAACAUUACAUCACCACUGUCAAUUCUGGUUGGAAUAUAUUCAAAGAGUAGUUUGUACUUGGAAGGUGUCAACACAUGGUUUUUGAUGGCAACAUUGACACUGCAAGUGUAGCCACAUAGCCACACUGUUCCACACUGGUUUUUAUUUUAACACACAAAAGCCAAGGAAAAGUGCACUCCAAGGAGUAAUUCUUGUUCACAUCAAUUCUCCAGCUCCAUUUUCUACCAAUGGAGUCUUGUUUAAUUGUGAAUGGAACUGUUAAAACACCUUUAUUAAAUGAAAAUAAAAGAAAGUCAUAUGAUCCA